GAUCAGAGAGAAUUUUCGUACACAAGAAUCUUCUCGUUUCACUGGUUCUUGGACAAGUGGUUUAUAUAAUUGACAUCAAGAUCCUCACAUCGAUGAAAAAGCACCAAAUCAUGUGCUCCAUCUAUGCUGUCAUUCAGCACUAUCUGCACACUUCUCUUUACACCUGGAUGUUGGUUGAAGGAAUAAACCUUUAUUUGAAGAUGGUGAAGGUUUUCUCUUUUGGAAAGCCAUAUUUGAUAUACGCCUUGCUGGGAUGGGGUAUCCCAGGAGCGAUUGUUGGUUUAGUGGCAGCAAUCCAGCCGUCAACCUACGACUUAAGUACAAGUCUGUACAAAGAAGUCAACUGUGGAGCACUCAAAUUCACGGGUACAGUGGACAGAGAAAGAUGCUGGCUCAACGGAAGCGUUUGGAAAUUCAAAGGCCCUGUCUUACUCAUCCUUUUGGCAAAUCUUGUGGUCUUUGUCGUGGUUCUGCGAGUGAGUUUUGGAAAAUUUGGACACAAAAAUUCUCUUGAGAUCACCAGGAAAGGACUUAAAGCUAUUUUCGCUUUGCUUCCAUUGUUGGGUGUGACGUUUUUGCUGGGUUUCUUUGUUGAUUUUCAUGUUGCUGUGGAAUAUGCCUUUGUGCUCUUGAAUUCCAUCCAGGGCAUUCUGUUCUUUAUCUGUCACUGUGCACUUGAUAAUCAGGUUCGUGACGCUAUAAAGAAAAUUUUGCGUAAAAAGGAGCGAUGUCGUAGUUUCCAGCUGGAGCCCAAAAAAACGGCGAGGAUGGUCCACAACAAGAAAGCUGUCAAGGUGGUCUUCCUGUAAUUUCUCAAGGAGAAGAACAUGCCCAACGUAGAUUAUGAACAAUAAACCAACUGAUAAAAUUAACGAUAAUAUUUUGUAGCAUUGCGCUGUAGCACGUCAUGAACGAUCGUAACUCUUUUUCAAGGCAGAUAGCUCUGUAGUCCGUUUCAAUCGUCACUGUCGAUGGUCAUCCUUCUUCCUUCCUCGAAUUAUCUUAGAAUUAGAAUAAUUCUCCUUCGCUAGUUGUAUUUUUUGCUUAGUUGGUGUUGAUUUUGUUGAUGACAAGGGG